UAAAACAUAAUUAACCAGGCUAGUUACAGAACUGUUUAUUGUAUUUGUAUUGACGCAACUAGGAGUAGAUGUGAAAAAUUUUUGUUUUAAUCCAAGGAGCAUCGUUUUUUUAUUGAAAAAGUAAAGACUAAAAUAAAAAAUUAAAAAUUCUAACUCACCGGCACUUUUUAGGUUCAUCUGAAAGUGAAAUAAUAUGAAAGUGAAUUAAAAUCUUCGAGGAAAAAUUUAAUAUAGUUAAUCAAAAACCAUAGCGAAUUUUGUUUUUUGUCGAAAAAGAUUAAAUCAAUAAAAGAUAUGCAGUUCCAGCUUCGAGUUAGUUUCUACGCAGCAUGUUUGCUGUUAAUCGCCCAACUGGCAGUGGCUCAAGUACCAUUUCCGCGCAGUUGUCCAGAGGUGAAAGUGCCCACGGAUUUUAAUGCUGAUGCUUACAUGGGUACCUGGUAUGAAUAUGCCAAAUAUCCGCAUAUCUUUGAAAUCGCUAAACGUUGCAUGUCUGCGCGUUACAGCAAUAAAGGCAACAACACAAUUGGUGUGUUGAAUACAUCGAUUAAUACAAUCACCGGUCACAUAACAAAUACCACAGGUGUUGCCCGUAUGCUUGCUCCAUCGCAAAUAAAUGUGCUCUUCAGCAAAUUUCCCAAUUCCGUUGAUAUACCAAACUACAUCGUACUUGGAACUGAUUACAAGUCAUACAGUGUGGUCUACAGUUGUACAAACAUCACCGCAUUUGCGCACACAAAACUACUUUGGAUAAUGACCCGCGAACGAAAGCCUUCACCUGAAGCUGUGAGUACAGCUAAGAAAAUCAUGGAUGACAAUAAUUUACAACAAUCGUUCCUACUGAUCGCCGAUCAAGAAAAUUGCCCAGAGGUGUAUCCCAGUUAUGGCGUGAAUAUACAUUUUGGAGGUGAUAACUCUAACACCAACAACAAUGCUAAUAAAAUCAACAAAACCACCAACAACCAAGCGGAUGCAGCCGACGAUGUUAUUUUCGUCUCAAAGCCCAUAAUUGCUACGGCCACAAGCACCCAAAGUCCCACUCCAGCUGACAUAGAUGAAUUGGAUACCACAUCGGAGACGGCGGCCAAUGUUAUUGAAAUGGCAUGAGAGUUGUUUAGGCGCAUUUGGCAGCGCAUCGUCGACAUGGUGUCGUGGUUCUUUGCUUUGGCUUAAAUGAGUUUUUCGAAUUUUUAUACAAAUACUUUUAUCACGAGCCUUUUAACGGCUUUUAUUUCACUAAGUUUUUAUGCGAGUAUUAUUUAGAUUGUAUUAAGUAGUUUUAAGUACCUGAUUAAAUAAAAAGCAUAAUUUUUCAAA